AUGCCCUAUGAGCCCCUUCCUUCACUCUUUCCCGGCACUCUUGAGGAGGAGGUGGAGGGGGAGGACGUGGUCGCACCUCCUGCUAUGCCCUAUGUCCCUGCCUCAGUCCCCACCCCACCUCCUCCUACUGUGUACCCUCGUGUGGUUCCUCCUACCCCUCCUCCUCCUCCUCCUCCUCCUCCUCCUCCUCCUCCUCCUCCUCCUCCUCCUCCUCCUCCUCCUCCUGUUAUUCCCUCUCCCCUUCUACCCUCCAUCCCUCCUGGCCCUGCUCCAUCCUCCUCUUCAUCUUCCACGACGCCGCCCGUUGGUGGUGCCGCCGUCUAUGGUGAGCAGCAGAUAGGGGAGCAGCAGAUAGGGGAGCAGCAGAUAGGGGAGCAGCAGAUAGGGGAGCAGCAGAUUGGGGACCAGCAGAUGUUGGAUCAACAGCCAGGGGAGCAGCAGACAGGGGAGCCGUAG